GAGGUUUGGAGCUGAAAAGGGAGAAGAAGAUCCAGUACAUAGAUACACAGGAAGGGAAUGCCGAAAAGUCAAUUUCUUGGAGUCCCUAGCCUGAAUGAUGAGGUCACUGCGCUCGUGGUUGACGAUAACAAAGUGAGCCAAAUGAUUCACCACCAGCUCCUAAACGUCCUUGGAAUUGUGAACCAUGUUGUUGGAAACGGAAAAGAAGCCGUCGAGAUCCACUCCUCGGGAAAGAAAUUUGACCUCGUUCUCAUGGACAGAGACAUGCCUGUAAUGAAUGGCAUAGAGGCGACAAAGAAACUGCGAGAUAUGGGCGUUAAAAGCACAAUCGCUGGUGUUUCUUCUCACUCAUUAUCAGAAGAGAGGCAAGAAUUCAUUGAAGCAGGUCUUGAUGACUAUCACGAGAAGCCUUUGACGGUUGCUAAGCUCCUCUCCGUUGUCAGCAAGAUCAAGUACAAGGCGUGA